UCCCUCUCCAACCCUCACUCCCCACUCACAAAUACCACAUUCAAUCUCUCUUCAUCUUCAACUUCAAGCAAUUUCACCAUCACCCUUUUAACUCUUUUUUCUCAAGAGAAGUGAAAAUGAGCAGGCCAGGAGAUUGGAAUUGCAGAUCAUGCAACCAUCUCAACUUUCAAAGGAGGGACUCCUGCCAGCGGUGUGGGGAGCCUAGACCAUCUGAGAGAAGUGAUUAUGGAAGUUUCGGAGGAGGAAGAGGUAGCUCACCGUCGUUCGGGUCAUUCAGUACUGGCCCGGACGUCCGGCCAGGUGAUUGGUACUGCAACAUCAACAACUGCGGCGCCCACAACUUUGCCAGCCGCUCAAACUGCUUCAAGUGUGGUGCCUCCAAGGAUGAUUCUCCCGGCGGUGGGGGAUACGAGGGUGACAUGUCUAGAAUUAGAGGCUUCGGGUUUGGCAGCGGCAGCUCCAGCCGCUCCAACUGGAAAUCUGGUGACUGGAUUUGCACCAGGUCUGGUUGCAACGAGCACAAUUUUGCAAGCAGGAUGGAAUGUUACCGAUGCAAUGCACCGAGGGACUCAGGUGGCAAGUCUCCAUAUUCAUCCUAGAUUUUCCAUUUUGGAAGGUGCUGCUGUCCAAGGAGAGAAUCGACGACUAUGAUGCCACCAAGUUACUCAAUUUGGCCUGUUCUUUUUUUUUUUUUCACAUUUAUCUUCGAUCUACUGCUAGGGGGAGCUUUAGAAGAAGAAUCAUGGUUGAAGAGUUCAGUGAGCUUUCUUAUAUUUAAUUAGCAUAGGCACGUAGUUUUGGUGUAUCAAUCUAAUAUAUCAUGUGUCCUUUGUGUUUUGAGAGGGUUUCUUGCCUCAAUGCGCAUGUUACUUGGUGCAAGACGCUUUCCUUUAUUUAGCUAAUUAUUUUAAGAAUAUAUUUCAAAGAGAUUCUCUCUCUC